GGCUUCAGUGUCGGAGCUUUUCUUCCUUCUGCUGCUUGCAAGGAUCUCUGGUUUUUGCAGAGAAAACAAUGGCCAGCUUCCCUUUCUGGGCAACUUUUGGAUUAUGUUUGCUGAAGCUCUGUCUAGCAGAAACACAAUUCAAUGUGAGCUGCAGGUAUGGAGGAGUUUUUCACGUGGAGAAAAACGGUCGCUACAGUCUCACACGAUCUGAAGCAGCUGACCUCUGCAGAGCUCUCAACAGUACCUUGUCAACACUAGAGCAGCUGAAGAAAGCCCAUGAACUUGGCUUUGAAACUUGCAGGUAUGGUUUUGUAGUAGGGCAUGUUGUUAUCCCUCGAAUCAAUCCCUAUCCUCUCUGUGCAGCAAAUCACACUGGUGUGUACAAGCUCUCAGCAAACACGACUGGUCGGUAUGAUGCCUACUGUUACAAUGCAACAGAAACAAGGGACAAAGCUUGUGAGCCAGUUGAAAGACUAGAUACUUCUUUCCUCAAAAAUCAGAGUGAAAUAGUCAUUGACAAUGCAGAUGGCUCACGGUAUCAUGCAGAUGGCACACGACACAGUGGAGAGUCCUCAACCUCAGGUCCAGAUGAUGAAAAUGUAGGGAGUGGAUCAACCCAUGACACAACCCCCAUGGAUACCUCCAUCAGGAGGUCCAGCCCCUCAUAUUAUGGAAGUGUUACUCCAGUCUCACAGCUGCCAGAUCAUUCUUCUGGAGCGGGUGAAAGAGAAGUUACUAGAAAAGAUUCUGAUGAUGAAGUUUCUCCUGUAUCACCCUUGGGGACGACAGCUGAUGAUUACCCUGAAGGAGAUGGUGGAGAAUAUCCUACAAGUACUA